UUGUGUAAUUUCAGAAGAUCUGUGGUUCUGGCUCAUUAGCAAGCUAUAUCCUGAUGUUGCGUUUCGAGAAUAUCAAUAUUGACAUUGCUUUGUCGAACGGACGAAAUAUCUAAAACAGUUAACACCUACAGCAUUAUCUUAAAGGUGCAAGAUACAGUAUGAACGUAACACACGGCGAGGAUUUACCUGUUUACGGAGCCAACAAGUGUCCUUGAACGAUGAAGACCCCGACAUUCGGUAUAGGUUUAAAUUACGUGUGUAUAGUUAGUUUCGCCAUUGUUGUUUGGCCAAGCGCUGGAGCAAGGUAGUUCCUGCUUCAUUCUGCAGACAAGAUACACUAAUGCUGAAGUCAGUAUUACCUGGUGCUAACUACCUGCUGAAAACCAUGCCGGUUGAUCUAUCAGCAUAUCUCCUAUCCUCAAGUCCGCCGGCCUCAAGCUUCGAGUUCCUUACCUCGGCCUUUGUUCCGAGGGGAGAUUCAUGGAAUCGGGGAUGUGCUUUUGAAUCUAAAAAUGAGGACUUUACAAAACUUGAGGAUCCUUCGAUUGAUCCAAAUGAAAGUAAAGAGCCAUUAAAGCCAAUAAUUAACCAAUAUAUUGGCUCUUGUAGUGAUCGGGAGGAUGAGUUAGAUAUCUGUGAAUCUUGCAGUUCAUCAAGGUCAGAGUCUUCAUCAAGGUCAGAGUCUCCAUCACCAGGAAAGACUAAGAAAAAGGUCUCAUUCGCAGACCAUAAAGGACUAGCUUUAGCCACAGUGAAAAUCAUGACCGAGCCCUCACACAUGCCACCUCGUCUGCGACCAGAUAUCAUCUCGUCCCUCACACAAGGAGCUACAGCAGGUGUAACAGAACAGCCUCCGCUCGUUCUUCAGUUUCAGCAGCCAGCUUCAGACUACCUUGCAUUCAGAGAUCGCUUGGAACACAACAAUUUGUCCCUGGAAAAUGUAAUCCUUCGCGAUUACAAUGUUCUUGGGACAGUCAAAGUGAAAAACAUUUCGUUUGAAAAGCAUGUAUUUGUGAGGUGCACGUUUGACUCCUGGGAAACCUCUGAAGAUAUUGUGGCAACUUACGUGCCAAAUUCUUCGAAACAAAGUGGAAACCUUUUCGAUACUUUCUCUUUUGAAAUUGAAGUUCCUACCAAUUUCGAUAGGAGCAAAAGCAUUCAGUUUGCAGUGUGUUUUGAUGUAAAAACUCAGCAAUUUUGGGAUAGUAAUAACUGUAAAAACUAUGGAAUUGUGUCUGCAAACUUUGAGAGUUUAGAUGUCACCGAUGCCUCUCACAAACUUCCUCAUGAACAUCGUAACAACAAGAAAGGCGAUAUUUUACAGAAUGUGGACUCUUGGACGAAGUUUGCUUGUUGGAACAGAGUGGACACAAGUGUGCCAUAUUGGUGAAGGUUUAUUAUAUACAUCCUGAGUGGUUAAAUUGUCAAAAGUUUCAGUGAUGGCUAAAACUAAAAAUUGUGACGAAGGAAAUAUAUGCACAUGCUUUACAUGUGCGAUAGUUGUUUUUAAGUGUGGUAGGUGAUGGUCGGAACUUGAUAAAGUAUGGGGAUGUUGCAAUUGCAAUUGGUGCGUUGUAUAAGGUUGGAUGAUACAGAAAUGUUUAUGAAGGUCAGGUCCUACUAAAAUGUAAAUUGAAUGUAAAAAAUACAUGUAAUUGUCCUUAUAUGAAUGUGUAGCAUUUGAAGUUUACAUGUAGGAUCUACCUUUGAACAUUUUAAUUUGAUUUAGAUGUAUUGAACAUCAGUUUGAUGUGGAUUCCAUCACACCAUUGAGAGACGUAAGCUAAUAUAAAUACAUGUUGUAAAAUUUUCACCUUUAAAUGUGUACCACACUACACAUUAAGAUGUGCACAAACAAAAAGUCUACAAAGGGUAGACUUUUUUAAUUGUUGGAAAAAAUGGUUUGAACUUAUAUAAGUUUGUUGAAUGCUAAAUAUUAUAGUUGAUGUUGUACAAAAACAUGUUAAAUUUGUAAGAUUACAAGUGCCAAAAUGUGUAAUUUACAAACGAUGCAGGAAGUUGUAAAUACCUUUCAAUAUUGCCAUACCAUGUGCAUUAUUGUAGUGAUAUUCCUGUUUGUCAAAUGACAAAACAUUUUUGAGCUUUAUAAAUAAUUCCUCAUAAAACCUUAGUAUUUUAUUUUGAAGAUUUGAGGGAUUUUUUGCCCAGCCACUAUUCAGAAAUUCUAUUUUGAACCAACAUUAUUCAGCCUUGUGGAAGGGAAGUAACUCUUAAAUAAAGCACUGUUCCAUAUAUAUAAUUACAUACAGUAUCCUAUUGCUUGUAAUCAGAAGAAAACUGUAUUAUUUUUUUUCAAAUCAACAUUGAAUAUGCCUGUCAUAUGUUUAAGGUGAUUACAUCACAGGUUUUACUGUAGCUAGUAAAAUUGUGUUUUGUAUAUAAUAUUCUUGUUAUUUGAAUACAAUACAAGUUUUAUGUUAUGUAGCUGAAUUACUGUGCAUAAUUAAUCUAUAUAAAUAGCCUGUUGUCAAUUACAAGAUGUACCAGCUUUUUUUGUGAAUUUCAAUUAAAUAGGUUUUAUGAAUAUAUAGACAUUAUGAUUUCUGUAAGGUUGUGAUAUAUAAAAGUAUUUUAGUUUGUGCUAUAGAUGCACACAAAUUAUAAUAUAUAUAUACAGGAACAUCACAUAUACUAUAGGAAUAUUAAUGCUUCCUUUAUAAUUAAUUUUCUGAUAAAAAAAUUACAAUAACCCCUGCACAGUUUGAAUUUGAUCUCUGUUUUUUGAAAUUUGGACAUAUUCAUAAAUUCUGAACUCUAAUGAAUCAAAGAAAUGGUCAUAAAUUCUGAACUAUAAUGAAGAAAUGGUCAUAAUGAUAUGCGUGAGAUUUGAACAAUAAUUUAACAGAAUAUGUGAGAGGAUCUGUUUAAUUUACAUUAAAUUUCCUGAUGUAAUACUCUAUAAGAUUAAAUGUAUAUUGUAUUAUGCAAUUGAUCACUUUAAUUAUUGCAGUAUUAGAUAAAAAAUGAAUCCAAUUACUACACAUAUAUAUAUAGCUGUCAUUUAAAUAAAUCUUAGCUUGCAAGAUAGGACUUAACAUAUUCUUUCUUUAGAAUGAAAAUGUUGACAGACUUCAUGCGAAUACAUUAUGUUAUAAGAUGUAAAAAAAUCAAGUCGGUUAUAUAUAUAUAUAGUUGGUAUAUUUUCACUUUUUGUUGUAAGUGGCAUCUUUGUCUUCAGAGUGAUCAAUUGCUACAAACUAGUCGUCUUCGGACAAUGAUUUUGUCUCUUCAAUCCCGUAUUUUGGGUUUCUUUUUCUCUGUGACUUGAUCGCGAUCACUGGGUGGAAAAUCUGAAUCAUAGUAUAGGUAUAGUGUAGAGUCCAAGUUUACAAAUUACACCAUACAUAAAUAAAAUCUGUAAUUAAUUGAAAUAAGUAUAACCAGGAAUCUCUUAAUUACGAUGUGUAAAAUUUGUGAGGUUUAAUUUAAAUACUAGAAACACAAAUAUUUUUAACUUUGUGUGGUCUAUAGUUUUGUACAGAUGAAUAUAUAUGCAUGGCAAUUGCACUAUUUUGAUUGUAAUUAUUUAUAUAUCUUUAAGUCAAAAUUUGGCUUUCAUUAUGAAUUUAUCAAAUCAUUUAAACGUUUUCAAAAUAUGAUGAAGAGAAAAACUAAAUAUUUUCCUCUGAAUAAUAUUUAAUAAUAACAUGCUUGUAAAAUUUUACAAACAGGACUGUACAUUUAAUAAUUAAAUACUUAUAUAAAUACCUUAUCUAUACAUAUGUACCUAUGUGAUAUAUACUUUAGGAUGUGUAAUGCAUUACACAUCAAGCCUGCCCUUAUUACCUGUUGUUAUAUACACCUAGAUCUUCGAUAGCAUAUAUAUACUAAUAAAAAGUCAUUGUGAUAUUGGGAAUGUAUUCUUUGUACAUGUAAAUAGCCCUAGAAACUGGGAAUUUGUUUCACUUUAGGGUCCUGAGAUCACAGAAACUAGAUAUAUCUGUGAUAAAAUGUUUUUCCUACAAAUUAUAUAUAAGAUGCGAGUUUUUGACUCUACUGCAUUAUUGUUAAAGUUUAGGGAGUAGAGGUGGCGAAAGCCAGCUGGCUGCGGGUCAAGUUUUUUUGGAUGACAUUAUAUAUAUCCUUAUAUGCACUGACCAGAAUGCAGUGGCUUUCAACGGACAUGCUUAACGCAUAAAUAGGGUGUCAGAUUUUUAAUUAAUGAGAGUGACGGCAGGUAAUGAGCUAUGUAAUGAACGGAGAGCAUGAGAAUGGUUUAUAAGUCAUCCGUCAUCAUUGUUACAGGUGUGUAUCGUCAGAGAGUGUUCAUUAAAAAAACUCAAAUUUUAAACUGAA